AGCCGAUUCAUUUGUUAGCUGACACCCAAGUUGAAUCAAAAUGAGGUUAACUUUAUUCGUUUGCUGCUUCUGGACUGCACUCGUUACGGGACAACUACCUCCUGAGAUUGAAAAAUGUAAAGCUGGCGAUUCCAUCUGCGUUGCGGAAACGCUGACCCAGAUUAUACGAUUCUCUCCAAAGGGUUUGGAGUCCAUUGGAUUAAUCGCUCUGGAUUCCAUUGCAUUUGACAAUGUGGUCAUUAGUCGGAUAAAACCAGAUAGCCCAGCCACAUUGGAUCUGAAAUUUCAUAACCUAACCAUGAAGGGACUUUCGGAUGCAACAGUGGCGGAGGCAAAGGGAUUUGAAGCGGAUUUGCCCCGAGUCCUGGAGAUAAGUGGUUGGGUCCCAUUUCUAAAAUUUGAUGGAUAUUAUGAGAUGCAUGGUAGUCUGCUUACUAUACCAAUUCAAGGACAAGGACAGGCUCAGGUGGAAAUCAAAGAUUGCCUCUAUCGCUGCAAAGCAAGGGCACUGAAACAAAUUCGAGCUGACGGCAAACAAUAUGCUGAUGUCGACAAAGUAAAGUGCUUGCUGGAUGUUCAAGGCCUCCAUCUCAACUUUGAGAAUCUUUUUGAUAAUCCUGAGUUGAGCGAAGCUAUUAACGGUGUGGCCAACACCAAGUGGCGGGAAAUUUGGCAAACCCUUCGAAAGGGUGUCACCUCAGCAGUGGAUCGAAUCCUGGCAACGGUUCUUAAGCGAGUGGCUGAUAAGUUUGCAUAUGAGGACUUCUACCGAGAUUAAAGGCUUAAAAUUGUUCCUUUAAAUUUUUUUUUUUUUUUUUUUUUUAUAAAUAAAUAAAUUAUUUUUUUUCAAGAAUAAAAGAUUUUUAAAACAAUUUUUUAUUUGAGUAUUUCGGAUAUUUUAUGUACGCACAUCCUUUUUGUCUUGAUUCACAGUAAUUAUGUACAUUAAGCCUGCCAAUCUGUUGAAAAGGACCCUGAUUUAUUGGCUCUAUAGCGAGUUAUUAACCGGAUGAAGCUAAUAUUAAAUAAAUCAUUUGGUUUAAACUGUUUGUCAUCAAAACAACGCAGUUUAAUUUUUAUAUGCAUCGUACUCGUUGCUCACCUGAUCACAGCUACACGUUCGCGUAAGUCAUUUACAUAAUUGAGUUUAGUAUGUUUGUUCUUCUAACCGAUUCUAAUAAAGAAAGGUUUCACUACCAGGA